AUGGGAGAGGAUUUUUUUGUUGAAUUUGAAUAUACCAACAUACCCUAUCUCAUCAUCUGUUUUUUUGGAGCGAUUUCACACAUAUUUCUUUUGAAUGGAUUCAUCAAAGAUCCCUUAAAAUGUUUCAAAAAUUCAAAAACGUAUCUUAUGGCUAACCUAGAAGUAGCGGAUCUUUCUGUGUGCUUGAUAGCUUUUUGCUAUCGGUUUGGGGCACUGAGAUCACAUCGAUUGUUAGCAGAGAUACUAUUAUCUCUUGCAUUAGGUUCGUCAGCUGUGACCAUCGUAUCUGUGUCAAUCGACCGCUAUUUCAUGAUAACAUAUCCCAUACGACAUCGUAAUUUCAUGACCGGUAAAGUGACAUCACUGUGGCUAGCGUGCAUUUGGUUAAUAUCAGCUGUUUUACCGUCGAAGUUUUUAAUUUUUGGAAACAAAAAAUAUGAUCUCAUCGCUGCAAGUGUCGUAGGCUUUAUACUCAAUUUUUUUACAAUUGCUGUAUGCGCUUUCACUGGUUACAAUCUAAAGAGGCAAUCACGCAACAUUCGCCUCCAAAACUCCGCUGCCAUUGGCAUUGAGAAUCGAGCUCAAGAAAUACGGAUCCUACAGGAAAAACGAUUUCUCAAUACAAUUAUUCUCGUGGCAUGUGUUGUUGCAGUCUGCAUGAUACCCGCCUCGAUAUUUCACCAACUACUUCUAUUCAGAAGCCUCGAAGAAAAGAUCAUUUUAAUCGUUUUCAAUUCACUGUACUACAUUAAUUUCGCUGUUAAUCCUCUAAUCUACGUCAUGCGUUUGCCAAACUAUCGCAAAACCUUUCUUAGGCUGUAUGUGAAAAGAAAUUUUGCAGUAGAACAAAAUCAUAACGUGUCACAAUAUAGCUUGGAUGUGCCAGGAAGACCUGCGCGAUUUGGGACAACAGCGUGUUAA